AUGCUACCAGAUCUUUCGCCUCAUCUUCACACCCGAGAAUGCAAUUUCUUGAUUGAUUUGCUUCUAAGGUGCCAGCAAGAAAAAACCAUAGGUAAAUUGUUUGGACAAUGUUCGUAUUGGGAUGAGGCUGUAUGGCAGUGCACGAAGAAAGAGCGAAUAUGGCGAAGGGAGCACAAUCCUCAGUAUUCGAAACGAUAUAUGGAACUACGAAAUCUACCAGAGGACUACUGGACACCUGCACUGAGAAAAUUGAAAGAACAAGGCCUCAUGCCGGAUCUAACCCAAAGUGAUGGGUGUCGUAUCUGA